AUCGGACAGUCGCUUGGCGCGUCCGUGGCUGUAAACAAUAGCUUUCCCGUAGUCACAGAGACUCCGCUUCUUUCUGUGCUGUCGAAGUUUGGAAGAAAUAGUUUGAAACCAACAGAUUCUCUAUCCAUCUGGAGGAGAACUGCGCAGCGCACCAUGGAAUCCGACCCAUACAGGCCUACUCGCAGCCAGAUACAGUUCGUUCGCCAGCAGCUGGGCACCAGCGAGGAGGCCCUCAAGAGUGACGUCACAGCACUGAGGCGGUGGCUGCGCGACCAGCCCCACCUGCCGACGGAUGGCAUGGAUGACGACCGACUGGAGCGCCUGCACAUAAUCUACAAGUGCAAGAUAGAACGUACAAAGAAGGCGCUGGACGCCUACUUUUCUUUAAAGAACGUCUUUCCUGAGCUGCUUCUGAACAGAGAUCCCCUAGAUAGCAACAUCCGACAGAGCACCGAAACUGUGAUGUUCUACGGAAUCCCUCAGCUGACGCCAGAUGGCUUCCGCGUAACAACGAUCGUGUUCAUGCCGUCAACAAAGGAGAUCGACGUCGAAGCUAUCUGCAAGCACGUGAUCAUCGCCACAGAAACUAUGCUGGCACUUGACUAUGCUCUUGGCAAUAUUCUGAUCGUCGAUCUGAAGCACUUGGCCAUGUCCCACAUUCUGGCAUUCGGGAGCAGUCUAGCUCGAAAAACUGUUUCUAUUUAUACGACGAUAUAUAACCGAAGCGUCAAGAGAAUACAUCUCGUAAAUGCUCCGGCGCUGGUGGACAAACUUGUUGCUGUGGUGAAAGUCCUGAUGCCUGCUAAGCUAGUGAAAAGGAUACUCAUUCACCGCGCUGGAAAAGACACGUUGUUCGACCACGUGCCUCGGGAAUUUGUACCGAACGAGCUUGGAGGCACUGCCGGGACCAGCGAGGAGCUGUUUGAGCUGAGUCUGGCGACAAUGGCCGGCAUCAGGGACUGGCUGGUCCGCCAGGACGAGAUGGUGUCGGACGAGAGCAGGCGGCCUCGCAGACAGCCAGGGUUCUCUCUGCUCAGGAAGCUCGACGUCGACUGAUGGCGCGCCUGCACUGCCAGCAGCACAUCGCAUCCCGUCCGUCACCAGCUGAGAGCGACGGCCGCUGGAACACACUGACACGUACGCUAGCUGGAGACUGCUCAGAUUUUGGGAGUUUGACUGCUAAGGAUCUUACGGUUUCUAGGAAAAUAAUAUUCUCUGCAGUGACACUAAUGAACAUGGCGUUAUCCACAUCUGUUCUGAAUUAGUCUCACAAAUUCAGGUCACCGUUGAUCUGUAGGCAGUACUAGCUGGAAUCAGCUGCUUCAUCCAUCCCUCAGGAUUUAAGAUUCUCGUAGUGACCUCACUAUAAUUGCUUAACCAAAAUGCUGUCGAUAUCCGUCGCAAAUGUGAUCUAAUCCAACAUUGUGCCCUUUCGAUUGUGAGCCUGAUGCCGACAGAACGUUACACUUUAUGAACAGCUAUAGAAUUCACACUCCAGCUACUGUCAUAAUUAAUGUCGAAACAGUCGUUGCCUCUGUUUGACCUGUCAAGUAGAAAUUCCCUUCCUACAUUUAGUAGUGCAAAACUUAACGGACGCAAGUAACUUUCGCGUUGUCACUGCCAGUUAACAUAGCUCAAUGAAAGCUGGACCGUACAUAGAAAGAACUGCUACAGUAUUAUACAGAAUAUAUUCCUGAUAUUGCCAGUCUUGGGGUGAAUUGCAGAGUAUGAAAACUGAAGAAAAUUUCACAAACCAAGAGCGUAAAAAAAGCGUUCUUUAGGAUGACACGUUUCGAUAGUAAUCAUCGCGUCUUCUGGUUUGAAAUUUUUACAACAUAUUGUCCAUUUUCGAUAGCAGCACAUAAGGACAAAUAUUGUAAAAAUUUUAAAGGAUAAGAUCCUUUGAUGACAGCAUAGAACUGUCUAAACUGGUAAUCCAACAAAGUACUUUUUUACGAUCUUGGCUUGUGAAGUUUUCUUCAGUUAUCGUACUCACUAGAAGAUAACUGGGAGAAAUACGGCGUGAGACGAACAGAAAUGGCACUUUUAUUCAUAGACAAUAAUUUCACUGUAGUCUCUCACCAAUCACAUUACACAGGAAGCGUUGCAGUCGGUGAUGAUCACACCUCUGGGGGAAGCUGGGUGGUACCCACGCCGACAUAAAUCCUGCCAAUGAUUACAACGAAGCUUGCACGCGACAUGGCUGAUUUCACAGGUGGCCUGGAAUAGCAUGUGCUGGGUUGAUGCAUCAUGCAAGUCUUGCUCCUUGGGCUUCCAAUGGGAUAUGGAAGUGGCACUCCAAAUCACAGUCCCCUGCCACAGUAUGAAUGUUCACCGCCGAACUGUGGAAAACAACGAAGUGGACCACUCUGUGGCACCAUAUGCUGCUGAACGUAACAGGCUUCUUUACAAUGGCUGCUUCAGAACGCGGGCCACAUUGGUGUACCCCUCCACCACCAGGGUUUUUUUAAACGCGAUGAUGGGUAUUAUCCCUAAAACUCAUUCUCACGAAACUAACCCGGCCCCAAUCUAUAAUAACCUUCUGUAGUUUCCACCCUCUCUGUCCUACCACCUCCUCCCUGUCACGACUGUGUGCCACUUUCUUCCAAUGCAACUACCAGUCUUUUCCUCUGUCUGCUCCUCUCCUUUUCCGCUCCCUAUGUCACCCUCCCCUCCCGCAGACCCUCCUGACCCCGUGCCUGCUCCACCAACUGCACUCUUCUCUCCCUCCACCUGUACUCUGCUACCCCUCCCCCUUCCGUGCUUUCGUUCAGUGUAGUAGUUGUAGUCUGAUCAGAGCGGCUGGAGAUAGUGGUCAUGUGUGCAUGAGGUGUGAUUGCUUGUGUGAAUGUGUAUAUUCCUUUCUUUUCUGAAGAAGGCUUUGGCCGAAAGCUUAGUGUAACAGUCUUCCCAUUGCGCCUGUCUGCAACUCUGUGUGUCAUCGUUACUGUGAGUUUCAAUCUAGCCCUUUUGUAUGCUAUAAUUUCCAAUUUAAGUCCACUGUAAUCUCACAACCUGAAUGGAAGCAAGAGACAGGGGAAAAAUGAGGAAAUAUCAUCCAGUGGCGUUUUAUUGAUUGUGUGGUGUGUGAAUCGUACCGCUGCAUCUCAUUGAUUGUGGGUUUGCACAAUAACGCUUGUGUUGUAUGUAAGAAGAUAUUUUGGCAUCAUUUACAGUGUUGUGCUGAUUUUCAAGCAUUCAUUAUCCAGUGAUGAAAUAGGUCGUAUGUGAAGUUUAGCAUUUUUGUAUGGUGUAUUUUCAUAGUACUGUGCAACUCCAGAAUCAAUGCGAUGCAGCAUCCUCAGCCCCAGAACACUACAACUCAUAAUGUCACUAGACAUGGAGAAAGAAGCGCCAGUAUAAAACUAACAGACUGAUAAUCCAUCGUAAAUUAAUAUAAAUAAGUGGAGGAGAUGCAAAUUCUGUUGUGGAAACUAUUUUCUACAUUCAUAAUGAGACAGUUUUAGUUAUAAUAGCUGAUCAAGUGUAUUUAAUCAUAUUACACAAACCUGGCUGUGUAAACAUAUGCUCGAAGGGAUUCAGGAAUUAUACUUUUACCAUUCCAGAAUGUGACUUGUAAGUACUGCAUCUCUUUCCAGUCAGUACACGCUUUAGUUUAUUAAUGUAUUAUAUACCUAUUACGUUUUAGAACAGUUAGUUUAAUUCUGAAGACGACGCUCAUAGUAGCAUCGAAACCUGGUCAAUGUUGACUCAAUAUUUGUGACCGAAGGCUUAUUUGUUCUAAUAUAAUUCUGAUACUGUAACUGAACCUUAGCAGCUAUGUUCAAAGUUUUAUGAUAACAAUUAAUCUUGUUAAGUUUAUAUACUUUUAGUGUUAUAAUCCCUUACACUGCCUCUCCAUCCCUGAAUAGUGAAUGCAGCAUAUUGGCUUACACUGUAUGUCACGAAUAUGAGCCAUGCAUUUGUGAACAUACAAUAUAUAUACAUGAUAGUAGAGGUUCAUAUUAGAUACGAACAUUGCAAACAUUCAGUCUAUUGUAUCAAUAAUUCACAUCAAAUAAUUCUUUUCUCCAAAGAACGAAGUAUUGCAUAACCAAAAUUUAAUUCCAGCGAACUGAAGAAAAUUCUUCUUACACUUCUAAACUGAACGACAGACAACCCACAUCUAUAUCAUGUCAUUAUUUCCACAGCUUAGUGAAGCAAUUCUAUAAUUGUCUGAUUAGCUAUGUCUUGUAAGUGUAAAUGUUUUGGAUACUUAAACACAAAAGUAGAGUUAUGUUGCGAUUAAAAAUAUUAACUGCUGUGAUUUAUAUUUUACUUGUUGUUGGACU